AUGGCUAAACUUGCAUAUGGCAUCGCAGUGAAGGUCCUGGAGCAACUUGGAUCCCGUACUUUCCAAGAGAUCAGCUCAGCAUGGGGCGUUCGAAGUGAUCUGAAGAAGCUUGAGCUCACUGUGGCCACCAUUAAAGCCGUACUCUUAGAUGCUGAGGAGAAGCAAGUAAGCGACCAUAGGCUGACGAUUUGGGUAGGGGAGCUCAAAGACGUUCUUAAUGAUGCCGAGAAUGUGCUGGAUGAAUUUCACUACCGAGUCCUGCAAAAGGAAGUCAUGAGGAGAUACGGGAGCACUAGCAAAAAGGUGUGUCAUUUCUUUUCUACUUCUAAUCCACUUGUAUUCCGUUUUGAAUUGGCGCAUAAAAUCAAGGAUAUUAGGAAGAGGGUUGAUGAUAUUGCAGCCCUUAAGGAUAAAUUCAACCUAGCCGAACGACUCGAGGAUAGGAAGAUCAUAAAUAUGCACCAGAGGAGGGACAUGACCCACUCCUUUGUUAAUCCUCGGAAUGUCAUCGGUAGGGAUGAUGACAAGGAAGAGAUCAUAUAUCUUUUUAUGGACCCAUUUGAAAAUGCUGGUAGAAAUGUCAAUGUACUUCCUAUAGUUGGGAUUGGAGGUGUAGGGAAGACCACACUUGCCAGGUUCGUGUACAAUGAUGAACGGGUAGUUAGCCAUUUUCAAUUGAGGAUGUGGGUGUGUGUGUCCGAGGAUUUUAAUGUUACAAGGUUGAUAAAAGAAAUCCUUAAAUCAGCAAAAGUUACAACUGAUGAAAACUUGGGUAUUGAUCAAUGGCAAGCUAGCUUAAGAGAACUUUUAAAAUAUAAGAAAUUUCUACUUGUCUUGGAUGAUAUUUGGAAUGAAAAUCGUAAUAAAUGGAUUGAAUUGGAAGAUUUGUUACUUGGAGGUUGUAAUGGAAGUAAAAUCAUAGUGACAACAAGGAAUGACUCAGUUGCUACCAUUAUGGGCACUACUCCCACGUACAAUUUAGAUGGCCUAUCACAAGAGGAUUGUUUGUCUUUGUUUGUGACAUUGGCAUUUCAAGAAGGAGAAGAAAAACAAUAUCCAAACCUCUUAGAAAUUGGAAAAGAAAUUGUUGAAAAAUGUAAAGGGGUUCCAUUGGCUGUAAAGACUUUAGCCGGCCUACUCUAUUCAAAACUUGAUGAAUGUGAGUGGAAAUUCAUUAGAGAUAAUGAGAUAUGGCAUUUAGAACAGAAUGAGGGUGACAUCUUACCCGCAUUGAGGCUCAGUUACAAUCAGUUGCCACUUCAUUUGAAGCAAUGCUUUGCCUAUUGUUCUCUUUUUCCCAAGGAUUAUGAAUUCUUUAGCAUUGAAUUGAUUCAAUUUUGGAUGGCACAUGGAGCUCUUCAAUCACAUGAAAAUAAAGAGCUUGAAGAUAUUGGUGACUUGUAUAUUAAGGAGUUGUUGUCAAGAUCUUUCUUUCAAGAUGUUAAUGAAGACUUGUAUUGCUGUUCAUUUGUAAUGCAUGAUCUUAUGCAUGAUCUUUCACUCUCAGUUGCACAAGGUGAGUGUCUAACCGUUACCAAGAAGUCAGUCAUUGAUGAAAAAGUUCGUCAUCUGUCAUUUGUAGACAAUGGCCUGGAAUUUGUGACGCCCUUACAAAAGCUUAGUAGAGUGCAAACUAUUUUUUUCCAAAUUGAAUUACCAUUGUCCUUAGUUGAAGCAUGCAUCUCAAGAUUUAAGUACUUGCGUGUACUUGAUUUGAGUGUAUCAUCUUUUGAGGUGUUGUCAAGUUCUAUUGGCGCUCUAAAGCAUUUGAGAUAUCUUAGCCUAUCUUGUAAUUGGAAUCUCAAGCAACUUCCUAAUUCCAUUUGCAAGCUUUACAAUUUGCAAACUUUACUACUUGAUGGUUGCAUCAAUCUUGAACGAUUGCCCAAAGAUAUAAGGAACAUGAUCAACCUUAAGGUUUUGGUAGUAACAACAAAGCAUACAUACUUGUCAGAGAAUGUUGUAGGUUGCUUGAAGUCUCUUCGUACCUUUAUUGUUGUUCGAUGUCCAAGUCUAAGAUGCUUGUUUGAAGGGAUGGACGGGUGCCUCUCCAACCUUCGAACAUUGGUUGUUAAGGCUUGUCCAAAAUUGACCUCUUUGUCACUCAAUAUCAAACACCUAACUGCCCUAGAGACCCUGAUAAUUGACAAUUGCGAAGAGCUUAAUUUGAUAGAAGAAGACAGUCAAGAUAUCAAGUUGAGCCUCCAAAAAUUGAAGAUUGUCACUUCACAUAAGUUUGCAGUUUUUCCCCAAUGGCUCCAAGGAUCUGCCAACACUUUACAACACCUAGAGAUUGAAGAAUGUUACAAUUUCAUGGCCUUGCCAGAUUGGUUUCCGAGUUUGAAAUCACUUCAGACACUUAUAAUUAUUGAUUGUCCUAAGUUGUCAUCUCUCCCAGAGGGUAUGCAAGGUCUCACUACUUUAAGAGAAUUAAUAAUUAGAGAUUGUCAAUUUUUAACUAGAGAACGCAUACAAGAAGAUUGGUCCAAGAUUGCUCAUAUAUCAGAGAUUGAUCUCGAUGAGGACAGUGACAGUGAAAGUGCAUCAGAAAUGGAUGAUGACAUGAGCGUAGAUUUACGAGAAGAAGAUGAUGGGGGAAGUUCACAUGAAGAAAAUGAUGAGGUAAAAUCUUCAUCUUCUUUUUCUACUCUUAUCUUAUGGGUCUUAACAAUGACACUUAUCUAA